AAGGUUUUUGCAUCUUUACUUUACUGUUUUCUACUUUUCUUCUUUUCUUUUCUUUGUUUAUAUGCUUUUUUAUUUCGUAUCUGUUGCCGUUUAGAUAGCUAAACUGGAGAGAGAAAUUCAGGGCACGGUCUUGCAGGUUACCGGGCGGUCAUAUGGUAAUAACGUGCACAAUAAACCCCAAGGAACAAAAGAAACUUAUUUUUCAUCAGUGCUGUCACGUGUCCGCUUUGUGCACAACAUGUUUGAGACGGAAUAUUCAAGUGGGUGCUCCUAUGUUUUCGAGAUUUAAUAGAAUUGGAUAGUAAAAUUAUUCCUCGUUUGUCCCUCUCAUGCCCACUCAACCCUUUCUUUUAUGUCCUCUGUUUCAUUUACUCAACCUAUUGGAGUGUAGAGGGGUGAUAUGAAAAAUAUGAAAAAGGCUGAACACAUCAAAACACAUUUAACCUCAACGAAUAGAGUAAUUCUAAUGAAAUUAAUUCUGUCGUUACCUAAAUCAUUUUUGUUAAAUGGAACAAUUUGUUUGUUGUGUAUGAGAACAUGACUUAAUUGAAAAUGAUAAUACAUUAAGUGUUCUAACAAACAAACAAACAAACAAACAAACAAACAAACAAACAAACAAACAGACAACAAAUAACAAAGUAUUUCCAAAUCUGUCUUAAAAAUGUAGGGUUGGUCUCAGUGCAUGGGUUGUUAAAUCUUAUCACCGCAGAUGUGUUGAUAUUUUUCUCGAGCAAUUGAAAAAUAAAUAAUUACAAUAGUAAAAAUAAAAAAUACAUUAAAAAAACAAUUGAAAAUAAAUUGGUUUCUUUUGUGCGUUUAUUUUUUUAAAUAAUGACAAACAAAUAUUUAUUUUGCUCAUGAUCCCCAGUUCUGACCCUAGAUAUUAAUUCUGACCAAACAUUGUAGAUGCCAGACAGAAACCUCUCUAACUAGAAAAUGAUUUAGCCCUGUUCAAGAUGCUAAAGAGGUCAUAGCCUAACCUGACUUAUUUUGUACUUGGAAUUCUGCUUUAAAACUUCCAAUAGAGAAAUGGCCUCUCAGUAGUCGUCUAUAUGUACCCUGUAGAACCGAAUUUGUGUCCAAAACAUGAAAAUCGCAAAUACGUCUCUACAGGAAUACAUGGGCGACGUAAAAGCCACGAACGCCAAGUUGGGUUUGUAUUCGUCUCGGUAUGAGGCACGUGACUUUGCAUGAAAGUCGUGUGUGCUUACUACCAUAAGGAGUUUGAAAAAAUAGAACUACCACAGGAAGACAUGAACAUAUGGAGCCAAAUUUGUAGAAGCGGAAAUAUGCUAUAUGCCAUCCACUGUAAACUAUUGAUUUAAAGCCUUUACAUCUUAAUUAAACACAGAAUCUGCUCUCUACCACCACAUGCAUUCUCACUGAGUUCGUCGAAUCACAAAUAAACUCUAAAAAUAGAAUUUCUAACGUAGUUUCACUUGGUUGUAAUAGGCAUAUUAAUUCUGUAUAGCUAAUAACGACAAAUAAGAAUCAUGCCAAUGGUCUUGGAAAAGAAAACAUUUGUACUGGCAUAAAUGCUCUCAAUAGAUGAGUGAAAAUAUGUUUAUACUACUAGCAAUUUCCCUGCACGCCAAGUCAUAAAAUGGCGUGGUAAAAUAGCUGGCACAGCUUAAUGUAGUGUAAUUAUUAGCAUUUGUUCCGUUAUCGAAGUUUAAAUGCGAUUGCUUAUUUUUAUUAUUAUUAUAUUACGACUAGUACUACUACUACUAUUAGCCUAUUAUUAUUAAUACUAUUUAAACAAUGUAAUUAGUGAAACUCUUGUAACGACACAAGUUAACUGAGAAACAUCCCUAGGUGUUGUGGCAUGAUCCGAGAAGAUUUGGCCAUUGUGUAUGCGUGUGUGAGAGAGCGAGAAAGGGGGAGAGAGAGAGAGAGGGAGAGAGGGAGAGAGAGAGAGAAAGAUAGAGAGAGGGAUAGAGAGACUGAGAGACUUCGCGGACAAUGGCGGAAAAUUGAAGGUAUAUUUGCAAAAGCUGUGGUUCCUUAUCCGGGGACUACAUCGCCCCAUGCCAUUGGGCCAUCGUAUCACGUGGUAAAAGUAACUUUACAGGGUUGCUCGCUAGUAGGAGGGCUUUAUGGAGCAGAAAAACGACAAAGCUAGAAAAAUUAUUUUCCACUCCAGAAAUUAAUGAUCAUGAGCUCGUAUUUGAUGGACUCUAACUACAUCGAUCCGAAAUUUCCUCCUUGCGAGGAAUAUUCGCAAAAUAGCUACAUUCCCGAACAUAGCCCCGAAUAUUACAGCCGUGCAAGGGACAGUGGCUACCAGCAUCACCACCAGGAGUUAUACCCUCCGCGGGCAAGCUACCAGGAGCGUCAGUAUAACUGUGCAAGCAUCCCUGAGCCUGAUACUCAAAGAGGACAUGGACUUCCUCACGCGGGGCACCUGCUCGGAAAAGGGCAAUCUGCCUCAUGUGAGCCCCCACCGUUACCCCUGUCUCCUGCCACCCCUCCGGCUGCAUCCUCCGCCUGCAAUCAAGCCACCCCGGAGCAUCCCAACAGCUCAGCCUCUGCCAAACAACCCGUCGUGUACCCAUGGAUGAAGAAAAUUCACGUCAGCACCGUCAACUCUAGUUACAAUGGAGCGGAACCCAAGCGGUCUAGAACUGCUUACACUCGCCAGCAAGUCUUAGAAUUGGAGAAGGAAUUCCACUAUAAUCGGUACUUAACACGGCGAAGACGUAUCGAGAUUGCUCAUUCCUUGGUCCUCUCGGAGAGGCAAAUCAAAAUUUGGUUUCAGAACCGCAGGAUGAAGUGGAAAAAAGACCAUAGGCUGCCAAACACCAAAGUCAGAUCCUCGUCCUCCACGGGCAUUUCCUCCGGGUCCAACACAAGCUCAGCGGCUGCAGGCGUUGUGGCGGCAGCUUCCACCACUAACACCAUGUCAGCCUCCGAGGACCUCUCCGGAACCGAGCGUGGCGAGGAUAUUACAAGGAUAAUCAUUCGAAAUUGCAAAAUAGUUGAAGAAUGCGGAGGAAAACGGAAUCGUCGUUUGGUUGCUUUCGAGCACUUUACAACUCAAACAGCGAGGGCGCGAGGCUAUUGGAGGAGGCCAUCACGUGACUACAUUGUUUACCCUUGUUGGCAAACAAUUAAAGACGCGAGACAGCAGUUCUGCGUGGAGUCAACAUGCCGAAGACAAUUCAUCAAAACAUUAUGAAGGCCAUAUUUGGAACCUUCGAAAACUCUCUCAUAUCCAACAUCCCUAUUCAUCCUCUGCUGAUGACAAUUACCCUACGAAUGAAA